CCUAUUUUUAUCACUCUUCUAAUCAGAUUUCCAUGUGUUUCGACAGAGCCAAGACAUCCUCACCUUCAAGUGCCUCCAGAAGAAAUCUACACUCCCGAUGCUCUCUACACUCUCCAGUUGCCUUCCUCUCCUCCUUACCCCCAACCCCCAAUUUAUAAGCCAAGAGUGUCCCUUCGAGAGAAGGAGGAGGGGGCUGGAGACAACGAAGUUCCAAUGGAUCUCGCGUCGAGCCUUUCCUUAUCACCCCGUGACAAGGUGGACAAAACCUCCAACCUACCUCCUGCCAUUGCUAUGGAUUACCACCACGGGCGCCCCUUUACUCCCCCUGCCCAAGAUGAAAAACCCGACCAGCAACCAAUUGAUGAUUCUGCUAUUGCUAAAGAGGAUAAUGCUGAAUUCUCCAAUUGCUCUUCGUUGACUGGACCCUCCGCGGGAAUUGAAGUCAGCAAGGCAACUAGGGCCCACAAUGAACGAAUGCGUAAUAAGCUUAUUCCCACCAAGCGCAUUACCCUACCUCCACUUCAUCUCCAUCUUUCCGAAGAUGGCUCCUCUCCUCUCCCUCCUGGUUGGCAACGUGCCCCCAACCCUGCAGCGGCCGAAGGUGGCGAAGAUGGAGGCUAUCCCUACUAUUACUACCAUACCAAAACUCGUGUAACUCGAUGGGACCCGCCUGUCUACCCCUGGGAUGCCGAUCCCGAUGACAAUCUCAUUCCAGAUAGACCAGAUGAUGACCCUGAGGCGCCUUACAAUUGGGGUUGUGCUCAUCGCUACGCGGUCACACAUGAGGAGAUUGAAACAGUAAGAAACUCUUCAGACUAUUUUGACUCGAUGUACGCCCAGUACCGCAAGAAAAUGUUGGAGCGUCAAUGCAUGGAACUUAUUCAUGAGAUGGGUGCACGACCAGAUGCUCCUCAGGAUGGCUUGGAGCAAAACUUCGCAAUUGAGCUCUUCUCUCUCAUUCACAAUGAGCUGAGACGUUUCAGAGAUUCCCGAGUUGAUCUCGGUCGGAUUACAAAUGACGAAGAUCUACAUUACCUCACAAAUAAGCUGGCACAAGAAGUAUUGCCUAAGGAGAUCCGCAAUUUGCAUCGAGCUCAACAGGUGAAUGCAUCGAGUUUGUUCGCAACAACCCCCGAAGUAACACCAUCUAUUAAAGAUCGAGUGGCGUCCUAUGUCCGGCGUUACAUGGAAUCGAAGGGUUCACAUUAUCGAAGAGCUGCGGCCCAUCACCAGCAUCACCAGACACAGACACGCUGA